CGGAAGUUGCGUCUGGGUGUUUUGUCAUUUCCGAUGGUGCAGUUCCGGAACCUGGAAGAAGCUGAGGUUAAUACAUCAUUAUAUAUGUGACAAAAGAAACCUUCACCAUAGAAGAAACGUCUUCCCCUCUGUUACAACUCGAUGACCACUUGCAAAUCAUCAGGUCUAGGAGGAGGCCUGGACAGUAGCAACAGUCAAGGAGAUAUUGAGGAUUUGGAGCUGACAGAGUUGGGGCCACUCCUAGAAACUCAAAAAGAAAGAAUGAGGCAGUCAUCUGUAUCUGGAGAAGAAAGUCAAACAGCUAAAGUGUCUCAGGAAGACGAAGAAGAGGAAGUAAGAGUUUUGACCCUGCCUCUGCAAGCACAUCAUGCCAUGGAGAAAAUGGAAGAGUUUGUAUAUAAGGUAUGGGAAGGUCGUUGGAGAGUUAUCCCAUAUGAUGUGCUCCCUGACUGGCUGAAAGAUAAUGAUUAUCUUCUGCAUGGACACCGUCCCCCAAUGCCGUCAUUUAAAGCCUGCUUCCGGAGCAUAUUUCGAAUACAUACUGAGACUGGAAAUAUAUGGACCCAUUUGUUAGGUUUUAUGCUGUUCCUUUUUCUUGGGGUUCUGACCAUGCUAAGACCCAACAUGUACUUUAUGGCUCCUCUGCAAGAAAAGGUUGUAUUUGGCAUGUUCUUUCUGGGAGCUGUGCUGUGUCUCAGUUUCUCCUGGCUUUUCCAUACCGUGUACUGUCAUUCAGAGAAAGUGUCCCGCACAUUUUCAAAGUUGGAUUACUCUGGAAUUGCACUUCUGAUCAUGGGAAGCUUUGUGCCUUGGCUCUAUUAUUCAUUUUACUGCUCCCCGCAACCACGUCUCAUUUAUCUAUCCAUAGUAUGUGUUCUUGGCAUUUCUGCUAUUGUUGUAGCACAGUGGGAUCGCUUUGCAACACCUAAGCACAGGCCGACCCGCGCAGGUGUUUUUCUAGGGCUUGGCUUGAGUGGCAUUGUCCCUACACUUCAUUUUACUAUUGCAGAAGGCUUUGUAAAGGCAACCACUGUGGGUCAGAUGGGCUGGUUCUUCCUUAUGGCCAUGAUGUAUAUAACUGGAGCAGGGCUAUAUGCAGCACGGAUUCCUGAGCGAUUCUUCCCUGGCAAGUUUGACAUCUGGUUCCAGUCUCAUCAAAUAUUCCAUGUACUGGUUGUGGCAGCAGCUUUUAUCCACUUCUAUGGAGUUUCCAACCUACAAGAAUUCCGUUAUGGCUUGGAAGGUGGUUGCACAGAUGAUUCCCUUCUGUAACAGCACAGUACCUGGUUAAAGGAUUCAGAACUCAUUUGUAGCUGGACAAGAUGCCCUGCUGACCUUCAUUUAAAAAGUGAUGAUCACCAUUACCGCUCAGAAUUAAACACAAUUACCAGAAAUAAUGGAAGAAAAGGAGCUGGUAGCAUUAUAGAAUACUGACUUAUGUUAGAAUAAAGAAUCAGUAGCUCUAAUAAUUUGUAAUCAAGGUUUCUCCUAAAAUACUGCUGUUUGCCCUGACAUGUAAACUAUGCCUGGAUGAUUAAAUUGAUCUUAAAUGAUCAUUGUAUUAUGUGCCAAUCACACCAUAUUUUCUAUGUGCAACUAUUUUAGUAUACUUUUUUCUUAUAUUAGGACCUUUCUGGUGAGUAGCAGAUUAGUUCAUACAGUGUUUCUUUUUCUCAAUUGAGGUGUGGUUGGAUUAAAAUGAAUUCCAUUUACA